AUGAACAUUGCAUCUAUUGUGAUUGAAGAUGCCUUGAAUGAAACAUCGUGGGGAAUGGUUGUUGUUGAAAAAUAUCAGGAGAAGUGUAAUAUCGUCGUCAAAGUUAUGAUUCCUGUAACUGCAGCCAUUGGAAGGUAAUAAAUAUUAAGUUUAAGAUAACGUCAUGGGCCUAUAACCAGAAUUUCGAACCUAUUCUGGAUUUCAUCGAACCAUCGAUCUAAGGAUGAACAUGCACAUACAAACAUUGACUAAUAUUUCGCAUUCUUCAAUAGCAUUUGCUUUGUGCUUAAAAAUCUGAUGAACCCAACUUUUGAGAUAUUCAUGAUCAAAUUGGAAUUCUCCUCACAAAAAUUAGAGUUUCAUGUGAGACAAUGCCUUUAUACGGGCAUGCCCAUCCUUGGACGCAAAUGACGAUGUGUUGAAGACCGAGCAGCUGCCCAGUUUUCCCACAAAAAUUUUAAGCUAUUUUUUACGGCUGUAAUAAAAAGCUUUCGACUUUGUUGGCUCAAACAGACUAAAAGUCCUAGCUGUAUUUAAAGAAAAAAUAGAGGCUAUACAGUUCAGUUAACUUAUCAAGACAACGAUACGGUGCUAGUCCUUUUGUGUUUUGGUCAUGAAUCAUUAAUGAUCUGAUAAAGGAAUUUCAUUAACACUGGGAGUUCAACGUUUUUACAUGCUCAUUAUUCCUUAGUUUCAUAGCGGCCAUAACCGUUAUUACUUUAUUGUUUCUUUCAGGCAUAAAAUUGAAGUUUUACUUCCAUCGUCUUCAUCUUUUAUACUUUUACAUUGCUUUGACAUCAUCGUUAUUUGCAACGCAUGGAAUAAAGGUGUUCAAUAAUAUAUGAAUUUUUCUUUGACUUUUCAUAGUUUAAGGCUAUCGUUCUUUAUAUUAGUAUCUUGAUAUCACAUACUUCUCCGUAAGUCACAUGGUUACAUGGCAUAAAAAAUAACUACUGGAUGAAUUAUGUAGUAAAUAACCUUAAUUAUAAUAUUUUGCCGUUAUCUAGAUGACGAUGUUUAUCUUGAAAGUGAGGAGUUAAGACAGGAAUAUGUUUUAAAUGAUGUUGGUCUUAUAUAUCGUGGCAGUGCAAGUAAUGGUGCAUAUGGGAUUACUGCAUUACAUUGGGAGUUUGGUCAGGUAAUGGCAUAAAACGUGUUUGGAAACAUCCAUAGUUCUAAAUGCUAACAUCAUUUUAGACAAUUUACUCGAUUCUGAUUGGUUAAAAACCGUGAUCAUGAUGGACCCAAAUAAAUAUUACCAUGCUAAUUCAGAUACCGUGCUCGCAUGGGAUUUUUACUUGUAAAGUUGUUUAAAACAUUAUAGUUUCUCAUCUAGGAAAUGAAGGUUUUUGUGUGUCAAUGGAAAAAAAAUAAUGCAACCGUAUACAUCUGGCGAGAAUUGUUUCAUAUAUAAUCUUGGAGGAAAUGCUCCGUUUUAAUAUUUAUAUUUUUCUUAUCAGAUGCAAAAGUAAACUGAUAAAUUGUGUAAUAAUAAAAUGUAUAUUCAAUAAUUUUUUUAUGUAGUUUGAAGAAAAUGUUUUGGACUGUGUGCUGCUCCUCUUGCAAAAAGAUAAACGAUUUGAACGACAUCCUUUAAAAUCUCAUCGAAAACAGAACAGCGCUGCAUGGAUAGGAAGAGUCCUAUCUGCUGUGGUAAGGUUAUAUGUUAUGAGACCCUCAAUUAUACAGUCUCAUAUUGUACAGGAGAAUUUCCUGGCCAUUUGCAAUAUGGUAUCGUAUCAUGUCGUUUUGUAUUGACUAUAUUGAAAACUUAUUAUUAUUUCCUUCAUUUUUAAAAGUCUUGCAAUGCAUCGAUAUGGAAAUCUACAGAUGGUAUUCCGCUAACCGAUAUUAUUGGCCAACACUGAUAAACGAUAUACCGAUAUUCUAUUUCAGGCCUCGACUAUUUUGAGUGCUCGGCAACUCAAUUUUAUUCCUUCAUUAUAUAAAUUUAGCUAAACUGCCAACAAGACGAUGGUCUGUUGAUGGGAAAUUGGUCAGGUAAAUAUGAGAAAGGUAAAGCACCAUCGAGCUGGCUUGGCAGUGCAGAUAUAUUCCAAGAAUACCACAAAACUAAUGAAGCAGUGAAAUAUGGUCAGUGCUGGGUCUUUUCUGGUGUUAUGAAUACUGCACUAAGAGCGUUGGGAAUUCCUGCAAGAUGCGUAACAAAUUUUGACAGCGCUCAUGAUACUGAUGAAUCUAUGACCAUAGAUGUUAUUGAAAGUGAAGAUGGAUUAAGAAUGGAGGAUGUUUGUGAUGAUAGCAUUUGGUGAGUUUUCGCUGGCAAAAAAUGUGAAAUCCAUACUAUGAAAUUUGCAAUUGCACAGGCUAAAUCCAUAGUAUAUCCGUACUAUUUCGAUAUCCAUAGUAUGGAAAUAUACAAUUAUUAUGGAUAAGCAAAAUCCAUAUUUCCAAUAAAUGUCCAUACAAUUUCCACUCUAUGACAUUCUAUGGAUUUUCAAUUUUUUUUCCAGUGUCUAUUGCUAAUUCUUCUUCAAUAGCUUUGUCAAUUGGUUCUUCAUCUAGCCGGAAGGGAAAAAACCAGAACAUUGAUUGAAUAAAACCAAUUUACAAUGCGAACAACAGUAACAUUUCCUCACGUUCGAUGUUUUUGCAUAUAUAUGCAUGAUGUUUUUUUGGGGUUUUUUCGUACGGGGAUACGAAAAUGUUACAUGUGAAAAUGCCCUUUGAGGAUAAAAUUCUAGUGAUGAAAAUUGGUGCGGAAAACAUAUUGACAUUUUGUUUUUGUUUUUACGUAAUUGUUUACGUGUACAGUAAUUUUACUGCGCUGGCUUGAAUUUACUUGUUCUGGAAAAUAUUACAAAUUAAACGAAUGAAAAAUAUAUAAUACAAGCUAUGUUUUUUGGAUAUUUGGUUUUAAUAUUUUUGCAAAAGUAAAUAUCACAACUCUUACAAUCUGAUUGGUCAAAUUUGACGCUUUAACUCCUAUAUGCACCUGCAGGUGAACAUAACAAAACCGACAUUUGAAAAAUGGCGGCUAGCCGUUUUGUGGUGGUUACUCAUAAAGAAAUAAGCAAAAUUAAAAUAAAUUCAGGCCCAAAAAAAUACAAAAGACUUGUGUAAAAAUACUAAAACAAUUAUUCGCGGCUGGGUGAUUAUGGGUAAAAAGCAAUUCAAGACGUUGUUAAUUACACUUAGUAAUUAUUAAUUAUUAUUAUUAUUAUUAAAAAUUUUGUAUGUUCCCCAAAGGGCUUUUCAGCAUACAAUUACAAUACGAAAUUUAGAAUAAAGCUAUGCUAUACUAUUCAAAAUCUAAGUUAUGAUUGUCUAUUAAAACCUUCAUAUAUAUGAUACUAAGAAUUUAAAAGGUGUUCUUUUAGUUUUUUUCUUAAAAACCUUGAGUUCUGGAAUCUUUUUCAGUUCAUCAUCAAUAUCGUUCCAUAUCUUAACUGCGCGAUAAUGAAAUGUUCUUUGCCUUGCAGUAGUUUUAUAGCUUGGAAUAUUUAAACAGUUGUUAUUUCUAGUCUGGCAAUUAUGAAUAUCAGAUCGCUUUGUGAAUUUAUUUACAAGGUAACUUGGCGCAAGGUUGUUCAGACAUUUAUAAGUCAUUAUCGUGUCUUUGUAAAUAAGUAAGUUUUCAAUAGAUAGCCAGUUAAGUUCUUGAAGACCUGGUGUUACAUGGUCAAACUUUUUAAUACUCGUGAUCAUUCGGCAUGCGAAGUUCUGGACUGUUUGCAAUUUCUUUAGAUUUUUCGAUGAGGUAUUAGCCCACACCGAAGAACUAUAUAGCAACUUGUUAAUCACCAAAGCUUCAAUAAGUAAUAUUAAAGUUUUUUAUCAAAGCUCUCCUUUACUCGACUAAUUUGACAUAAUUUGUUUAAUGCACGUUGACGACAGUUUAGAAGUAUGGUCAUCAUAGGAAAGAUGUAAAUCAAGGUGCAUCCCCAAGUCUUUGACAACUGAAACUGGUUUAAGAGUUUUUCCGAGAAAGUUCAGAUUGGUUUGUGUUGGUAAAUUCAGGCUGUAGCAUUGAUCUUGUGCCCAGGCCCGGAGCUACGGGGGGGUGUGGGGGGGGGUGACACCCCCCCAGUAAUUGUAUUCAGUCGGCAGGACUGCUAUUCAGUCGGUAGGACUGCUAUUCAGUCGGUAGAACUGAUAUUUGGGUUAAAUAUUUUUGGCGCAAAGGGCAAGAACGUGGUGGGAAUUUAAGGAAAAUGUUGAGGAAAAAUGUAAAAAUUUUGGAAAAAUGUAAAAAAAUGUUGAAAAUUUGUUAUGAGCGGAAAAUUUUUGAAUGUUCCGGAAAAUUUUUUUACGUCCGGAAAAAUUUUUUGACCCCUAAAAUGGUACACUGACCGAAAUUUUUUGGCGACGGGGGGGGGGGGAGAUCGACCAAAAAUUUUUGAUCCGGAAAAAUUUUUUUCAACCAGUCGGUUGAAUUGACCUUAUUAAACCCCCCCCUGAAGAAUUUCCUGAGGACGGCCCUGUUUGUGCCUGCUAAGAGGAAUUUGGUCUUGUCAGGAUUGAUUAAUAAUUGAUGUUCCAAGCACCAUUUAGCGGUUUUAUACAGAUCGUUUUCUAGUUUAGCUAUUGCCUGUUGUACGUCUUCGACAAGAGAUGCAAGAUGGAGUUUUGAAUUGUCAACGUAUUCCAAACAAAAAUGGUGAAAGAAUAGAGCCCUGGGGCACUCCAUGGUACUAGCGCUAGUUGAGGAAACAGUAGAUCCUAUUUGUACGUAUUGUGAUCUGCUCGACAGAUAGCUUUCGAACCAUUGAAUGGCUAGCGGAGACGCUCCUACGCAUUUUAACUUAUGCAAUAGGAUUGUAUGAUUGAUGCUGUCAAAGGCCUUAGACAGGUCCAACAAAAUGUGGGCUGUUACAUGUUUUUUGUCCAUGGCUUCCAGCAUCUUGUCAGUAAUGAAGAUGUUUAAAGUUUCUGUAGAGUGGUGUUUCCUAUUUCCAUUUUGAUGUGGUGAUAAACGUUUGUUUUCUGUUAUGUAUGAACUAAAUUGGUCGAGUGCAACUCUUUCACAGACCUUUGAUAAAACUUCUAAAAGUGAAAGGGGUCGAUUAUUAGACGGUAUCUCUUGAUCGCCAUCUUUAUGCAAUGGUAUUACUUCAGAUAGUUUCCACUUAUCUGGAAACUUGCCUAACGUUAAGGAACUGUUAAUUAGGUUCGUAAGGGGGCCCAGAAUGACUGGUAGACAGUCUUUAAUAACACCCUAGCCCGCGUGCAGGCCCAAGGGAACUGAUAGUGGGUCUGCAAGCAAGGCCCGGUAUUUUGUAAAACGCCCCUUUUCAUAACACGCCCCAUUCGCGCGUCAAUUGUCAAAAAAAGAACCAAUGACAGCACCCAAAUAUUAACAAACAAACUCGCAUUAAAAUGUUGCGGGGUUUUCUCUUCUUAUUCAUAACAUAAACAAUGUGUAAAUGGCUGCGUUUUAACUCCAAAAAAGCAAGCAACGCAGUCAGUAAUUGCCAAAUUUGCAAGUGCUCAUUUUCAACUAAAAUCGGAACAGGCAAAUUAGAACUAAUUUCAACAGAAAACCAGUCUCAGACUUCAAAUCGUGAGGGAAGUCGUGCGACGUAGCAUUUAUAAUGUAUGUGUGCUUCGCUGUCGCCAUUGUUAUAAAUAAAUUGUCUCACUUAUCAGAUCGUGUGUGCAAUUCUUGUUGGUGGCGGAAAGUACGAAAUUUAUUUCAGUUAUUUCAUUCGGUAAAGAACUCUACAAAAGAAGAGAGCGUUUAGAGUCCAGAUCGUUUCAAACGGCAAUUUAAUACCGUCUUCUGUUUCGCUCUCUCAGCGAAGCCAAAAUCGCAAAGUGCUUCGAAUAGGCUUACAUGCAACUGCCUCUAAAUCUUCACCGCGUUUUCUUCAGUGCAAGAACAGAGUCAACCAAAUGAUAAUUUUCUUGAGGAACACAUAAACGUAUCAAGUCUGUUUGAAAUUAAUAAUGAAACUCAAGUAAAGGUUACUAUAGUUUACCCCAGUCGUAAAUCGUAAUGUUGCUAUUCCAACACCUCACGACAAGCAAUCCCCAUUGGAAUAUCGCCAAAAACAUCUCUUCCUUCAAGUAAACAAUAAACAGUCUGUUCUUGUUCCAUUUAUAAUCGAAAAAAGCGAUCAAUUUUUGAAUUUUAAGCUUAUCGAGAGCCUUUGUGAUGAAUCACUGAUCCAAUUAUAGAAUCCAACAGCAAACAGCCAAUCAGAAUGCCGCGUUCGUGGGCGAACGCGGAAAGUACAAAAUACCGGGCCUUGCUUGCAGGCCCACUAUCAGUUCCCUUGGGCCUGCACGCGGGCUAAUAACACCCAUGCUGAUCUUAUCCGGCCCCGGUGAUUUGUUUCUGGGCAUUGCCAUAAUAAUUCGUCGAAUUACUGAACAAUAAUGUCAUGAAAUUAAUAGUUUAAGUGAAGUUGGAAGAUUGCUCGUCAGUUAAAAUAGUCAUUUCUUACUAUACAACAUUUAGAAUGUUCACACAUAAAAUUUGAUUUUAACAUUUUUUCACAUGUGUGAAAUUUCUAUUUCGAUGUGGAAUUGGAACUUCACAGUGAAAAAGCUUUUUCAGAUCAUGUGAAAUCAUAUGUGAAAUUUUCUUAAGGGAAUUCUUUAAUUUUAAUUUCCCUUACGGUAAAUUCACAUAUAAUUUUACAUGUGAAACCUUCACAUGUGAAACUGCACAUAUAUUUUCACAUCUGAAAUGGAUCAUAUGUUUAAUUCACAUGUGAAAUCAUUUUUCAAAUGUUGAAUCAGGCACGGAUUUUCGGGGGGGAGGGGAUAUCCCCCCCCAAAGGCUUUUGGCACUCCCGCAAAUUACAUAUAUUUUGAUCUGAUAGUUUCAUAUUUGAUUAUUCAUACUACUAAAUUUGUAAAAUUACUAAUAUUAUGCAUGGUCUCAGAUCUCGCCACGCCCCGGGCAAAGCAAGCACCAGCACCCCCAGAUAUUUAUUCACCACCCCGAACGAAAAUAUGAAAAUCCUUCUCUGUCAGUUGAAUUGAAACAUUUCACACGGUGCAUGAAAAGGCAAUUUCACAAGUGAAAUCAUGCAUAUGUUAAUGUUAUAACAAUGUGUGUUGAACUAAUAUAUAAACGUAAAACAUGGGUUAACUCGUUAAAAACUGGAAAUAUAUACACCUACCUUCAAACACAAUAUCGGCAAAUCAAUCAAUCAAUCAAUCAUUUCUUGCCAAUCGUUUUGGCAAAUAAAUCAAUCAAUCAAUCAAGUCGUUUCUUUUUGUAUACAAGACAUUUGUAAACCGUGUUAUUUCUUCAUCUGCAGGAAUUUUCAUGUUUGGAAUGAAAUGUGGAUCAAACGAAAAGAUCUAGCAUCCAAUAACUAUGAUGGUUGGCAUGCCGUGGAUUGCACACCACAAGAAAAAAGUUCUCAGUUGUAUCAGAUGGGGCCUGCACCACUGGCCGCCAUUAAGAAUGGUGAAACCUACGUCGGAUAUGACGCUGCGUUUGUUUUUGCUGAAGUUAAUGCUGAUUAUGUAAAAUGGAUCGCGUUAAGGGAUGAGAGUGGCGAUAUUGUGUUUGAAGGUAGGUGUAUAUAUUUCCAGACAACGUUCUUCUGUCCUGCAUUAAUUCAGGCGCUGCAUAACGAUUAG